UCUCAUGUUGUGUUUUCUAUUUUACUUUACUUGUCUUGCCCGCAGUUUAUCAAUCGACCUCCGGGGACAGCUGUGGACUCUUUCGUCAGAAUCUACUCAAUUAGGAGUUUCGUGCGAUAUGCGACUGCUAAGGGAGGGGAAACAAUAUCGGGUUUUCGGCCGUCGUCGCGGAUAUUUAAAAUUUCUUGCUGGUCGGUCUUGCGGCUACAGAGUUGCGUUUAUGGGCAGCUUCCGGAUCUUUGCAGAAUCAAACACUUCAUCACUCGUCACCUUGCGCUACUACAUAAACAAAACCAACAUUUUGAUUCCGUUUUAACAACACCACAGCCCAGCAAAUAUCAACCCAGGAGCCCUGAUUUUCUUU